CUCUCUAUCUUGCUGUCCAGCUCGUUAUUAUCUCUUACAAGGAGUGAGGACCGACCUCUACAUUCUCCCAUUGCACGGGAUAAGGCACGCGGAUCAUGGCUUUCCGAAAAAAGACUUUCAUCUUCGCGGGACUUUACGCGUUCCUCGCGAUGUGGCAAGUGUGGGCUCACGUUGACAUGGUCAUGAAGGACAGGGUGGAGGUGAAAAGCGGGAGCAGAGCAGAGAUCCCUUGCCGCUGUGUUGUUACCGGUCAGCCCGAUGUGGUGAUAGUGCAGUUGUUUGUGGUAACAAAAAAAAGUGGCAGCAGGCAGCGGAUCUACUACAGCGACGGCUCAGCCGAGACCAUGGAUAGCAGCACACAUUUUGAGGGCCGGAUCAGCGUCAAACGGUCCAGGACCGGCGAAGCCGCGAGCGGCUCAGCUCACAUCGAGGACAUCUUGCUGGUUGUGGACGACGUGCGACUGGACGAUCAAGGGGAAUACAUCUGCCAGGUCAACGCCAUGUCCGCUGGCAACAAGGAGGGCACAUCCCAGCUGAUGGUUUUUGUGUCUCCAGAGACUGUAGUCAUUCAGGGUGAAACCUCUGUCAACUCUGUCACCAAUAAACUGCCCUCUAAGAUUGCUGAGUGUGAAGCCCGGAACAGCUACCCCAAACCCACCAUCGUCUGGUACCGUGACCACACCCCUCUGCAGGAUGACGAAGACUUGGUCAUCAUAAGGCAUCGUGAGACACAGGAAUCCAGUGGUCUUUUCACCGUGCAGAGUGACCUGCAGCUAAAGGUGGUCAAAGAGGACAAGGAUGCCUCCUUCUACUGCGAGGUCAAUUACUUUGUUCCUGGUGGUAGGCAGAACAUGAAGGAGUCGGAGCGCAUCAACAUCACUGUGCACUAUCCACCUUCAAGUGUGUCGCUUGUCCAGAUCUCUCCAGAAGGCCUGGUGAAAGAGGGGGACACGGUGGAGAUCCAGUGCCGCUCUGAUGGGUAUCCUCCUCCAGAUAUCACCUUCAGGCGAGAGGGCAAAGAGGAAGAUUUAACCUCGGAUCUGGGCCUGCUGGCCUUACACGACGUGACUCGGGCAGACAGUGGCACAUAUCACUGUCACUCCCUGGAUUAUGCCAGUUUUGUGGAGGCGGAGGGAAAAAUUGAUCUCCAAGUACACCACCUCGAUCACGCUGUGAUGUACCCCAAAGACAUGGUUGUGGAACAAGGUGAGAACAUGACGGCCACUUGCAAUGCCCAAUCCUCCCUGCCUACCGAGACUGUGUGGUACAAGGAUGGCGUUCAGGUGGGCGAGGGGCACACGCUGGACCUGCAGAAUGCCACGUUCGACAGUGCCGGGGAGUACAUCUGCGAGAUCUCAGUGCCUUCUUUACCUGGCCUGCAGGUCACUGGUUCCACCUUCAUAAUAGUACAGGGAGCCCCAGAGAUCAGAGACCCCGAAGCCACAGUCAUGGAGGAGAGGGUGAAGAAGUCUGUGAACCUGAGUUGUGAGGCAUGGGGGUACCCCAAACCCACCAUCACCUGGAAGAAAACUGGUGGCCAGAACUGGCAGGAGGUGUCAAACAAAGAAACUCCAAAUGGUGCCCAGAGUGUGGUGACCUUCACAGUAACCUCUGACCUCACAGCUGCCUGCAAUGCAACCAAUGACAUCGGCACAGACACUAAAUUAUUCAACAUCAGAGCCAUUCCCCUGACCACCUCCAAAGCAGUAACCAAAUCACCAUAUCCGGAGAAGGUUAAAAAAGAGGGCAGUGGCGUGAUCAUUGCAGUCAUCAUCAUUUGCAUCCUCCUGCUGGCCAUCCUUGGCAGUGUGCUGUACUUCCUGUACAAGAAGGGAAAGCUCCCCUGUGGCCGCUCAGGGAAACAGAACAUUAGUUCAGAGAAGUCCAGUAAAGAUGACAUCAUUAUGGAGAUGAAGAGUGAAAAAAGUGAGGAAGCUGUGCUUCUACAGGGAGUCAAUGGGGAGAAAAAGGCCCUUAAUGACCAGUAAAGGGCGAGCAGUACAUGGAUGUGCAGAAGUGAGGAAGAUGAGUGGAAGCUGAUCCAGGUUCAUUUGCCUAGUAGGAUGAAGAACUUCCUGGGAUACUCCCCAUUGCCCAUUGCUUUUGUAUUUCUCUAGGGGUGUGGCAGUGCAGCUGCACACACAAACUCCCUGAAUACUCCACUGCAGGACUCAAGCAACGUUAGACAUCAAAGAUUCUUUUUCAUCAUUUAACCCUGAAUGCCAUAUCCGGCAUUAUAUGGUAAUGGUGGUCUGCCAUUAUCUGUAAAUAUUAUAUAUUAUUAUAUAUUAUAUAUAUAUUUACAGAUAAUAAUUUACAGAUAUAGUAUAUAUUUAGUUAUUUAAAAUAACCCAACAAAAAAACCCCUUUAAAAACACAUGCUUUAUCCAUAGCCAUUCUGAGUUUAUGUAUCUUUUCAGUUUUUUUUUCAUGACGUAUUAAACUCACCAGAGUGGUAGGUUUAGUUGGAUGUGAGGAAUGUGAGAGGUAUGUGGCAGGUGUGCGUGAGAUGCAUGGGUGUGAGGUGUGUGACGGACAUGUAAAAGGCGCGUGAGGCGCGUGUGAGGGCAUGUGGCGUGUAAGCCUGCACUCCCACACGCUCCGCAAGUCUCUACACUGAAACCCAGAGAGCCCUGUCAGGUACCACACAUCACAAACCAACAACCCUUACAUUUUACACACAGUCCAUUAAACUAGCAUCUGGAUGCGACAGAGCGUCUCUGGUGCAUUGGAGGUCACAGAGAUGACAUGGGAAAGUUGAAUGUUGUCGUGGUGUGAAAAUGACCAGCAUACUGUAGGACACUGGCUUUGCUUCGUAGUAUCUCCAUUGUGAAUGAGCACAGUAUAUCUGUUUGCCUGUGAUUAGAGGGGCUCUUUUUCAUAUGCAGACUGCAUUCUGAUUGACUGCAGACAGGCAAUGAGUGGCCCAGCAUGGGUCAGAUGUUUGCUGUGGGUUUUAGGCUUUUGCUGCAAUAUUUACUUUGUUACUCACAAAGUCUUUUUUUGUAGAAUAAACAAAUUGCUAAGCAGGUUUGUUUUUUUGGAAUCUCUUGUACCUACGAUGACAUUCAUGCGGUAUUCUUUCAGCUAACAAAUCAAAAUGAUGUAAGUUCAGCAGCCAUAAACAUGGUGGCAUCUCACUGCGCUUCUAAAGUAAAGGGACCCUUGAAUGCAGACUGGUUUGGGUGUGGUAGUGGUGGUUCUGGCUGAAUGCAGGUUUGGUUAGGUGUGGUAGUGAUGGUUUUGGGUGACUCCAGGCUGGGUUGGGUGUGGUAGUGGUGGUUCUUGGUGACUACAGGUUGGGUUUGGUGUGAUAGUGAUGGUUUUGGGUGAUUGCAGACUAGGUUGCGUGUGGUAGUGAUGGUUUUGGGUGACUGCAGGCUGGGUUGGGUGUGGUAGAGGCGGUUCUUGGUGACUGCAGGUUGGGUUGGGUGUGAUAGUGAUGGUUUUGGGUGACUCCAGGCUGGGUUGGGUGUGGUAGUGGUGGUUCUUGGUGACUACAGGUUGGGUUUGGUGUGAUAGUGAUGGUUUUGGGUGAUUGCAGACUAGGUUGCGUGUGGUAGUGAUGGUUUUGGGUGACUGCAGGCUAGGUUGGGUGUGGUAGAGGCGGUUCUUGGUGACUGCAGGUUGGGUUGGGUGUGAUAGUGAUGGUUUUGGGUGACUGCAGGCUCGGUUGGGUGUGGUAGUGGUGGGUGUGGGGGUAUAUUGUGGUGGGAGGAGUCAUAGUUGUGGUUGGCGCAGUGGCUAGUUGGUGGUGGUCAGGUUUCACUGUCUAGUGCUGUGCAGUUUCUCUCCCAUCUUUGAGGUCCCAGGAUGUCACUGUCCAUUACACUCCCAAGCAGAUGGUCAGAGGACUGAAUCCCAUAACUCCACUGCAUUGGGGAGCCAAUCUAAACUCACAUCAAGUGAGUGAAUGAAGAACUCAAGUGUCCAGCUGUACAAAAGACCCACAAACACUGCAGCCCUCUAGCACCAGGGCCUGUGUGUGAAGCAGAUCCAGCAAAAUCCUCCAACACAGUAUGCGAGAUUUGUGCAGGGUAUGUACAGAGAGUGAGCUCUGUGUGGAAGGGUCUGUGCCGUCUUCUCAAACAGUUUCAAAGUCCCGCUGAAUUCAAGCAGCCAAUGGAAAAAUAUUAUCCUUCAUAAACUACUGUCAAGGUCUCCCACUGUCUCUAAGUAUCAGGGUAGAUAAUCACUGGAUAACUGUGGAUUCCAGUGUGAGGAGUGAGCUUUACCUUGCCUUUGUGAAAUGGCCGUACUACGUAGAAAGCACAAGGCUUGGGGACUUUCGCUUUGUCCAUUGUUUUUUUUUCCCUCAUGAAAAAGUGAGGCGCACUGAAAUAUGUUUGGGUUGUUUAUAUUAAGCCUGUUUUAUGAACCUUGUUUGGUAUUACUGCAGAGUGGUUCUCUUACUGCAUGGUAGAAAAUACCAAACAUCACAUGGCAAAAGUUCUCCUAAGAAAAUAUUUCUGACAUUGUAUAUAUUUAGAGUUCAAUAAAACUGUAAAUCGGUAACACAAAUCAAGUCAUUCAGUGGUUAAGCCUCUGACAACGUUUCAUUUAUGUUUGUUGCCAAACUGCUUUCAAUCAACUGAUUCAUCUACAGUGAAAAUACAUCAGUUUAAAAUUGAGAAUCUGAAGUUGGUAGUAUUAGAGAUAUUUGUAUUCUUGCAGACCGAAGGGAUCAUUUGCACCAUUUUUAUGACCUUUUUUUUUAUUUUUUACAAUUUGAAAAAGAUCAUUAUUUUUGUAUUACUUAGCGCGGUGUUGUGUGUAGCCCUCUCAGAUCGGUUAUUGGACAUAUUUGUGGCCUCAUACAUUUUUUAUUUAGAAGAAAAAUGGCAAAUUACAUAUAAGCAUCAGUGGGGAAAAUUAAGGGAGUAAGGGAGUAAGAAAUUCCUGUUGAUUAAAAAAAAAAAUGUAACUGCUAAAGCACACCAACCUCCUCCUACUGCCCAUAUUUAGUUGUUUUUCCCCGCUUUAGAUCAGGUUUUGAAAAUAUGUACCUGUAUAUGUGGGAAUGUUGUCUGAAUUAUUAUUUCUAAUGUUUUUGAUUUAGUGUGUAAAUUAAAUACUUGUAAACCGAUGCUUACAUUUUGUUUUCACAAUUCUUUUGGAAGUAAACUAUGCCAAAUAAAAAUGACUAUUCAACAGAAA